CUUGGGUGUGACCCCACUGCAAAUCCUAGGAGCACGAUGGAGAGUUCAGAGCAGGGAGAAGUGGGGGAUGUUGUAGAGGACGGAGACAGUGAGGCUACUGGCGUGGAGGGAGACACCCCGGAGUCCCAGGACACAUGCAGUCAGGAGCUCUUCUCAAGCCCGGAGGAGGCUAGCCAGUCGCAGCAGCUGGAAGCUGAUGUUGAGGAGGAAGCUGAGGAUCGUGCUCGUGGGACCUUGACUACUGCAGCCGUAUCACCGGCCUCACGUAGGUUGCAGAACUUGAGACGGAAUCCUAGGAAAUCAAAAGAGGAAUUGAUCAAGUCUGUAAUGAGCCACUACAACAGAGAAAGUAGGAAGACAGAGGAAUGGAGAGAGAAGACCUAUGAAUGGAGAAGCAGUGUACAUGAGUGGAGAAAGACUGUACAUGAAUGGAGAAAGAGUGUACAUGAAUGGAGGCAAACAGAAAGCAGGAGAAAGGAACUGUCUGCCAAAAAAACCACAGAGCAGAUGAUAAGCCUCCUGUCUCGCCAAACUGAGUCUUUCGAGUCUCUUGUAGCCAUGCAGACAAAUAUGUACCGUGGUAACCCACAGCCCUCCCAAAGCCCUCUUCCUUGUUUCCCAGUAUUUCCACAAAACAACUUUCUCCAGCAGCCAGUUCCAUAUUAUCCCCAGCUGCCCCCAACACCUAUAAGAUCACCUACCAGCCCUGAUAAUUAUAAUUCUUACCCUGUUCACUCCACCCCCAUUAUUCUGCAGCAUAGUAAUCCUGAAGUGCAGCAGACAGUGAAUAUUGAUCAAAAUAGGACAUAUUAAAACCUGUAAAUGUACAGUCCACCACCCCUACCCCCUUGCCUGUUAUGUACUGUAUGUUGAAUAAAGUUUUUUUUUUCUA